AUGGACCCGGAGACAGUCACCCGAGCAGAGCUCAACUCCGAUCUUGCAUCCCGGGUGAGGUACAUGAAAGCUUUUUUAGACUUCACCGAGGAGGACUGUCAGAUCAUGGACGAAGUGCGGCCGAUCGCCAAGCCACUGGUGCCCGAAAUAGUGGCCUCAGCGUACACCAAAUUACUAUCCUAUGAUGCUUGUCGAAUGGCUUUCUUUCCCAGGAAGGACGGCGCCCAAGGCACUCAUGGGUCCGCUGAAGAUCUCGUCGACGGUAAUGAUCAUCUUAGUCUCAACUCAGCUACGAUCAAGCUCCGCCGGAAUAUUCUGGAGAGGUGGGCCAUGAGGAUAUUCACCGCAGACUACCACCAGCUCGAGAUCUUUGAGUUUUUCGAUCAAGUCGGCAUACAGCACACCGGGGGUGCGAGGGUCUUUAGCAGUGGCACCCACAAGCCUGUAUAUAUUGACUAUAUACAUCUCGCCAUGACAUUAGGUUACAUCACCUCUAAGAUGACAUCUGCUAUUCUCACGCUCCCUUCGAGGAGCUGGCCCAACGAAAAAAAGACGAGGGCGGUAAUGGCGUUCCACAAAAUUUCGGCCAUCCACAACGAUUUGAUAGCCCGACAUCAUAUUGGUGACCUCUGUUCGCCGCCGACCUCCAGAACUCAGACGCCGGAGCAGGAGAUCAGUCCGCAGAACAGAAAGGACUACUACAACCAUGUGUUCAUGGUGGGCUCGCCCUCGGGCCUGAACAUCCCGCAAGUGCCGAGUCCGCCGCGGGAUGCGCCCUUCCAGUCGCUCGUCAGCAUCACCCCGCAGAGCUCGAGCAGCAGCCGUCCAUACGUGAGCCAGCUGGGAGAACUCCCCCAGCUGACCUCUGUCCAACGCACCAUGACCUCCACCUCGGAGUUCUAUAACCCUCAUAAGAGCAUCUCCUCCUUUGGAGGCAACUCGGCCUACUUCCCUGGCUCCUACGAAGGUGAUUGUCCGUUCCUGCUUCUCUUCUCCGGGCCUCCAGUUGACUCCCCUCCCUCCCCCGCUGAUCCCGCAGAAUCUCAGACACUCACGCGGAGAGCUUCCAAAGGAACUCUGAAUAAGCGAAAGUUCGGAACAAGGAUCAAAAAGACUCAUCCGUCUUAG